AGAAGUAAGUCUGCUGACUUUGUAUUUGGAGAAAAUGAUGAUUAGAAUAAGCAGUGGAACGUCAUACUCCAGAAAAGCAUAAUGGAAGCAUGUAAUUGUUAUCGCCAACUGGCCCUUGACAAACUAAGGCCUUUGUGUGUUAAGCUCAGCAAUGAUCAUUCCAGAAAAAAUAUUAGUGCUUUAACAAAAGCUUUGGAGGAAAUUGAUAGUGGAUACAUACAGGACCUGCAAGAAUAUUUGCUUUACCCUUUAAGAAUGAUAUUGAAAGAGUCCACUAAAUAUUCUGAAGAUUUUUACACAGAUCUGUUCACGCUGAUGGAGAAAAUCCUUGGAUGUACUAGAGUUUGGAAAUGGGAGCUGUUUACUGACAUCUUUACACUUUCUUGCAUCAUGAUCAGCUCACCUUCAGAACAGGGGGAGGGUUGUGGCAAAGCCACAGCAAAAUCAGAGGAUCUGAAGGCAGCAGUUGUACAGAAUAUUAAGACACUGGUGUCUAAAUCCGACUACAGCAUCAUCCAAAAAUUGUUCUCAAUCCAGAGUCUCCCAGUCCUUGGUUUAGCAGUGUCUAUUUUGUUAGACCUAGCAGACACUGAAAAGUGCAGAUCUCUCAAAGUAUCUGCCAUUAAAUGUCUAACAGAGCUUAGUCAAGUGGAUGGCAAAUACUGCAAUAAAGUGCGGGUGAUGUUAGGAGACACGUUUGCCUCAUUCUUGCCUGGAAUCACCAUUACACUGUGUAAGAUUAUCACCGGUGAUCAGAAACAGGGACACAGUGUUAUAGCAACUGCAAUAUAUGCCUGGACUAAAAUAGUAGGCCUCACAAUGGAUGACAUCUUGAUAGAAGAGAGUCAGAAGAAAGUCCAGCCUUCAAUAACAGUGACAGAGCCAGUUGAUGAGAAAAUCAAGAAGCUUGCCAUCAAAAGAGAUUCCACUUGGGUAGAAAUUACUGGGAAUAAGAUAAACUUACUAGUGAAGCAGAUCUGUAAGGUCAGGGGUCAUUCUAACUGGAAGGUCAGAAUGGCAUUAGCAGAGUCAGCGGGAAGCUUACUACAGGGGUGCACAAGAUCUCUUCACUCCUCCAUCCCUGAUUUUUUGGAGAUCCUAGUGGGGCUUAUUAGUGAUGAAUAUCCCAAUGUUGCCAACAAAAGCAGGAAAAUCCUGAACAUAUUCACCCACACCCACCUCGGGACCGAGUGUCGCCCUCUGGUGGAAAUGUUGGAGGAAAACUUACACAAUCUCUCCAUGUCUUUGCCCAGAAUUAUCCGCUCAGUUGAUGAAGACAGGAAAUAUUCAGCUCUCUCUCUGAUGUCAGGCUACAUUGAUUUGUUAGGAUGUGAUAUAAACCACCUUCUGAUGUCGUCCUCGCAUCUGAAGCGUUUAUCUGUAUCACUCAUUCAGGUGUUUGAACUAGACACAACAGACAUCAAAAUAAUUGAAGAAAGAACUAGCUGGAUUGGACAUAAUGCUGAUUUUAUUUCUCCUGUCCAUGUACCUGACGUAAUCAAACCCAGGAAGAAUUUCAAACAUUUCCAUGAUAAGAAAAUCGAGAAAGAACUUAAAAAUAUUUGCAGAUUGCUGGGAUAUUAUGGCAGUAUUUCUUUAUUAGUGGACCACUUUCUGGACUUGUUUCAUGACUCAAUUUUACACAAAAUGCAGGCCACCAUGAUAAUCAAUGAGUUACUGAUGGGGGCAGCAGCUAUGGGAGUAAAUUCCUAUCAAGAGAGAGAUUUUGAAGAGAGAAGAGAGAGUAAUAUUGAGGAACUGGAGAGCAUUGUGGAAAUGUUAAUUGAUGAGUAUCUCUCUCCGUCUAAUUUGUGCCUUGUGACAAGUCCACACCACAAUCACUCGGUGAGAUCCACUCCUGAAAACAGACUGAUGGCUCUUGAACUAAUGACCAAGGAGACAGGAAGUAACCUUGCUACCUUCAACAGGAACAUUAUCCAGAUUUGCCUUUAUCUGGAGGGAAUUGGGUCAUUUGCAAAGGUACUUAAGGAUAGGUAUAUCCCCUUCCUGAUGAAGACUAUUUACCCACUACUGGAGAAGCUGGGGGACGAGACGGCCUACAUCAGCAGCACUGCCUACUUAGCCCUGUGUGACAUCUGUCAUGUCUGCCAAUACAAAUCAAUUGGAGAACUUGUGCAGCGUAAUGCUGAUUACCUGGUGAAUGCCAUCAGCUUGAGGCUGCGACAUUUUUAUGAGAACAAGAAGAGCCCCCUGGUUUUGAAAGUCAUGCUGCAGUACAGUAGCAGUGAUAUUUUACCUCUUAUCGAGGAUACAGUGCAAGAGAUUUUAGAGUCAUUAGAUGAUAAUUAUGAGCAGGAAGCAUUAUUGUUUCUGAGUGUUCUAAAUGAACUGGUGAAAGCUGUGCUGAGGUGGUUCAAAGAUAAUCCAGAUACAGAGAAGAAGCAACCAUCUCCCAGUCCACACAGGAUUGAUGAAAAUCUGGAUGUGGUAUCCUACAUUAAAGAAUUCCUACAUCUGAAGAAAGUAUCAGAAGGUGAUAUGUCUGAAAAUGAAAACUGCCCGGAUGAUGUGACUGAUGAGAAGGUUGAAGGUGAUGAGGAAAUGCAGACUGAUCAGAAAAAAGAACCACCACUACAUGUGAAAGCUGUAAAAGAGGUGUUGCUGAGAAGCAAGCAUCUCCUUUCCUCUAGAAAUCCCAGUGUAAGGCUCCUUACAUUGGACACCAUUGCCUCCUCCUGCCAAGCUUUACAUUCUCAUCAAGAUGAAUUACUGCCAUCAAUCCAUGAAAUAUGGCUACCAUUCACUGCCAGAUUUGUUGAUCAGGAAAAGCUUGUAACUAAAAAGGCUGUUGAGACAUUGGUUACCAUGGCUGAGUCUUCCGGUGAUUUUAUCUGUCGUCGUUGCACCAAGGAUGUGUUUCCUAAAAUGCUGACUUUCUUGGAAAAACAAGCAGAAAUCAGCAAGGGAUCCAGUAAAGCCUAUCUUUACACAGUAAACUUCAAACUACAGCAAUCCAUACUAUCUAGUAUUGGGAUGCUCUGUAAACAGCUUGGUGUCCAAGGAAACAUCCUUGACCUUGUAUCCUCUGUUUGUGUCCUUUAUCUCAGUGCCAGACAACCAAGUGUCCUGCAGAAGACUGCCUUGGAAACCUGUACAGUUCUGAUUUCCCUGGAUCCAGAUCCAAUGUGGCUUAGACUCUGUGAUUUGUACCACCCUAAGGAGUUCCUGUCAUAUGUGCCUUUAUUCAAACCAGUAAAGUUUAAAUCUUCCCCUGGAAAGAGAAAUGAAUUCACAGACAAUGUUGUCAAGUUAUUAAAACUUCCUGAAAUGGGCAGCUAAUAAAUAUAUUUUUAC